AAUGCAUGAUUCGUCCAGUUGCACUUUGACAUGCCAACUGUGUGUUUCCAGCGACGGGGAUUCACCAUUAAACUAAAGCAAUGCUUCGGUUCAGCUGAAUCGCAUGAAUUCAUGUUUCCAGGAUCUAUCUGAGAGUUUCUCCUAAUCUGUCCUCGGGUAAUCAUGAGUCGAAGCGAGCAUUCGUUGCAGGCGCUGUCCUGGAGACAGCUGUAUUUGAGUAGAGCCAAACUCAAAGCCUCCAGUCGCACAUCGGCUCUUUUAUCGGGCUUCGCAAUGGUGGCUAUGGUGGAAGUACAAUUGGAUACCACCCACGACUAUCCACCAGGACUCCUUAUCGCUUUCAGCGCUUGCACUACAGUCUUGGUGGCCGUCCACCUUUUCGCCCUCAUGGUGAGCACCUGCAUCCUGCCAAACAUCGAAGCAGUUAGCAAUGUGCACAACCUCAAUUCGGUGAAGGAGUCCCCUCAUGAGAGAAUGCAUCGCCACAUUGAGCUUGCCUGGGCCUUUUCUACUGUCAUUGGAACGUUGCUUUUCCUUGCCGAGGUGGUCUUGCUUUGCUGGGUCAAAUUUUUACCCAUUAAGCCUAAAGACCAGAAAAAUGGUACCAUCUCCGCUGGGGUGGCUGCUGCUAUCACAUCAACAUCCAUCAUGGUGCCUUUCGGCUUGGUUUUUAUCGUCUUCGCUGUGCAUUUCUAUCGCUCGCUGGUCAGCCAUAAAACUGACAGACAGUUUCAAGAGUUAGAAGAGUUGGAAGACUUACAAAAUGAACUGGACCAUAGAGGGGAAGUGUCCAACUUACAAUCUCCCAGUUCCCUUUACCCUUAACUUUAAGUUUGGGAAAGAGCAAUUGUUAAAGUGUAUAGUCUUAGGUUUGUCAUGUGUUUUUGUUUUUUAAACCACAGUAAGUAUUGAUCUAUUUGUUGCAUGUUGACACAGAAGUCUCCAGAUUUAUGUUCAAAAUUUGUAGUUUUAAGAGAAUUUUUAUCUAAUAACAGAUUCGACCGUGAAAGCAUGCACCGCAUGUUUUAUAAAUAUUUUGUCAUAUUUGCAUAGUUAUUUCAGUAUGGCCACUGUGCCAAUUUUGUUACUUAUUAGUAUUUCAUUUUCAUACAAGGCAAGCUACAUUCUUAAAAAUAUUUGCACACAAAGACCUUACAAGAAUACUGUUAAUAUUUUCAACACUGAUCAGAGAGUGUAUUUAAAUUUUUUUUGUAAAACUACAGGGGACAUUUUUAUGUCCACUUGACCAGAUCAUUUUUGAUUGUUGACUCUUUAAAUCAGGGCUUUGCUUUUGUACAGCUAAAUCAAAAUCAAACACUUGGUCUUAUUAGUACUGCAUGAUUUCUUAAUGAAUGCCACCUGAAUGAGCACAUCUCAACAGAAAUGAAGGCACUUUAUUUCGAGAUCAACAUGUUUGUCUCACCUUUUUUGUUAGUACUUGAAACAAUAUCCUAAUAAAAGGACCUCUAGUUAUUUUGAGAUAUGGAUACAAGUACUUGGCAGAAUUGAAUAUGCAGCAAACAAAAUGUUAUGUUUAUUAAUCAGAGGAGGCUACAUGGACUGUUUAAGCAUGAAGUUACAUCAUCAGCAUUAAUUCAAAGGGUACAGCUCCACAUAUUAACAUAUAUAAUAUUGCCUUUUACAUAAAAGUUCUAUAUUGCCAAAUACAGUUCAAUGAAAAUGUCCCCAGUUUGUGGAAUAUUAAUCAUGUUGUUGAGUCCGGUUCUGCAUCACUUUUUAAAUCUGUGCACAGCAUGUGCUGCAAUUUGAAACAACACAGUUUAAUACAAUUUUAUGAAAGUCUUAAUCAAAUAAAAUUCAACCAAGCACCAAACUUUA